AUGUUUGGUUCAAUAGUUAGAAAUACUUUGACAAAAAGUAAAAAUGUUGUAAAUUUAACAAAGUUUAAUCAAAACAAUGGUAGAUCAUCAUUAUCCUCAUCUUCCAUUAAAUAUUAUAGUUCAAAUAAUCAAAAUAGAUUGAACAAUAAUAAUAAUUUUAAUGGAAACAACAAUAGCAAUAAGAAUAAUAAUAGAAAUAGUAGUUGGAUGUUUGGUGCUGGUGCUGCUGCAGUUGCUGCCACUGCAUUGUUGGGUUCGAUCUUAUCGUUGGAAGAGCAAAACAAAGAUACUACUACUACAGAGAAGAAAGAAAAGAUCGCCAGACCAGAGGAUGAUUUGAAUAUAGAGAAGUUCAAGUAUGUCAUUAUCGGUGGUGGUACCGCUGCCUAUUAUGCCGUCGAUAAGAUAUUGGAGCACGAUAAACAAGCAACUAUCUUGAUGAUCUCAAAGGAGUAUGAGGUUCCAUACCAACGUCCACCACUCUCAAAGAAUCUCUGGGCCAACAAGGAUGAGAACGUCAAGGAGACACUCGAGUACUCUGACUGGUCCGGUGCCAAAUCCAAACUUCUUUACGAACCAGAGUCGGUCUACGGUAACGAAGUACUUCAAUUCAUUAGAAACAAGAGAGUGGUCGAUAUUCAUUUGGAUGGUAAAGUUAUUCUUUUGAAUGAUGGUACUUUGGUUGCCUAUGAAAAGUGUUUGAUUGCCACUGGUGGAGAACCAAGAAAGUUCAAUUACUCUGCUUCCGAUGAUCCAAGAAUCACUACCUAUCGUACUGUCGAUGACUUUAGAAAGUUGCACGAUGUUGUCCACGACGACAAGGUCAAGCAUGUCACAGUGAUCGGUGGUGGAUUCCUCGGUAGUGAAAUCACCUGUGCCAUCAACGAUAAUCUCAAGGAUAAGGUAAAGAUCACUCAGGUGUUCCCAGAGAAUGGUGUCCUACCAUUGAUAUUCCCAGACUACUUGAGCAAGUACGCCACCGACAAGGUCAAAGCCAGUGGAGUGGACGUGCUCGAAGGUCGUCUCGUUAAGGACAUCUCCAAGAACAACGAUAAACUCAAGGUUCAACUCGACAAUGGUUCAUCGAUUGACACUGACCACGUUGUCGUUGCCGUCGGUAUCAUUCCAAACACCGACAUUGCCAAGUCGACAUCGUUGGAGGUCGACCCGGUCAACGGUGGAUACGUUGUCAACGCCGAGUUGCAAGCCAGAUCCAAUGUCUACGUUGCCGGUGACGUUGCCAGUUUCUACGAUUACAACCUCGGUGUGCGUAGACGUGUAGAGCACCACGAUCACGCCAAGGCAACCGGUGAGUUGGCUGGUAAGAACAUGGCUGGUUCCGCCGACCCUUACACCUAUCUCCCAUUCUUCUGGAGUGAUUUGACUGACCACAUCGGUUUCGAAGCAGUCGGUAACACCGAUGCCAAACUCAAGACCUACGCAGUCUGGGAGAAACAAAAGACUGACGACGCCGACAAAUUCAGCAAGGGUAUCAUCUACUACUUGAACGACAAGAGCAAGGUAGUCGGUGUUCUCACCUUUAGAAACUAUGGAAAGAUGGACAAGGCACGUGAGCUUAUCACCAAGGGUAAACCAAUUACCAACUUGGAAGAUCUCCAACAUGCUAUUUCACUUGAGGAUGAGCAUCAUUAG